AUGAUGAUGAAGAUUUCAUACGCUAUUUUAGCAGUGUUAAUCAUCGGCAUUGUCGAAUGCAGCAACGAAACAGCAAUUGCACCAAGUGGACGUAUCGCUUCGCGGUGUUACUAUUGUGCAAAUUGUCCGCAACCGUUCUAUCCAAACGGCCCAGGUGUUACUCAAGUUUCUACACCUUCGGGAUGGUGUACAAUGAUGAGUUCAACUGGUCCACCCAGCUCUGUUGCUGUUUAUACCACGCGAGGUUCUGCUGUAUCUGGCCUUUGUACUUAUACUGGAUGCUCAUGGAAAAUCUACGCUGGAGUGAACACAUACGUCUGUUGUUGUAAUCAAAAUUUGUGCAAUGCAGCAUCUAUUACUCCAACUACGCCACGACCAACUUCUAAUACUUGUUAUUUUUGUUCAACUUGUCCAUUGCCGUUCACCAAAAACAGUGCAUUAGUUACUUAUACCACUUCGCCCAAUGGUUGGUGUACUAAAAUGAGUUCCUCAGCUUCACCUAAUUCAAUUGCUACUCGUGGUGCUGAUCCAGGUGUUUGCAGUUACAGUGGCUGCUACUGGACGACAUAUCAAGGUCGAAGUACAUACAUUUGCUGCUGUCGGGGAUAUCUUUGCAAUACUGGUGUAUCUACGAAGAAAUCAACUGUUGCUUUAUUGGGUGCGGCAUUAGUGAUGAUGUUUGCAGCUCGUAAAAAUCUUUAA